AUGGCGAAAUACAGAUUUUCAACGGCCCCCACAUACACGGAAGAACAGCAGCAGCUUGUUCUACGUAUCCUAGGGUAUGACUCUAUGGAGUACUACCAGAUGCUUGGGGUUGACCGCUACAGUACAGCCGACGAUAUUUCCAGUUGUUAUCGCAGGUUAGCAGCCCAGGUUCAUCCAGACAGAAAUUCGCACCCACAGGCUACUGAUGCCUUCAAGCAACUCAACGAAGCGUGGGAAGUACUUCGUGAACCCAGCUCAAGAACGAUAUACAACUCUCAGCUAGAGCACGACUUUUCAGAGGAUUCCAUGAACAGCAGCUUUUCGAUCGAUACAUCUAUUGGAUCUGAGUCUGACUUAGGGAAGAAACCAAGCGAUGACAUUGGAAGUAUGUUCUGGAAGUUGGUGCUAAUGGGGCUAGUAGACCGGUGA